GAUACGCUACAGUUGGCGACGAGGAAGUGGCGGCGAUGGCCGUCGGCAGGAUCGGCGAGUAUCGUCUGGGCACAAACGCGUCAUGGGACGAAUACGUCGAGAGGCUCGAAAUGUUCUGCGAAGCUAACAAGAUAGCGAAAGAAGAACAGAAAAGAGACGUCCUGCUGAGUUGUUGCGGCGAAGAAGCGUACGGGCUCAUCGUGACUCUGGUGAAGCCAUCAAGACCGACAGCAGCAACCUACGAGGAAAUUAAGACGGCGGUUCGCAAGCACCUGCAUCCAAGGCCUUCAGAGCAAUACGCAAUGUUUUUGUUCUACAAGAGAAACCAGGCUGCCGAGGAAUCGGUUGCGGACUACAUCACGGCGCUUCGAAAGCUAGCCGAAGACUGCGGUUUUGGCGACGAGCAGCUCCCGUUGGACAUCAUGAUGCGAGAUCGUUUCGCAUGCGGCCUCCAGAACGAAGCAGUUCAACAGCGACUUCUCGAAGAACAUGACCUUACGUUCAACAUUGCGUACGACAUGGCCGCGACCGCAGAAGCGACAGCCAAGGAACAGCGAGACAUACGGAUGCAAGGCUGA